UAUAUAUUCUUAAUGAAUCGGAAGAAUUAAAUGGCUAUAAGAGUUUCUCUAUAAAAUGCUUUGUUUAAUGGGAAGAAGAAAAAUGAAGGAUGGAAGUAAGGUCGUUUAAAUUAAUCUCCUUCAAUUCCAAAUAAUUAGCCAAAAGCUACGAAUUAAUAAUUUAGACAUUUUAGUGAUAUUUAUGAAUAUGGUAAUGAAUAAAUAGGUAAAUUGAUAAUUAAAGAUAAGGUGAGGGAGCUCAUGGGAUUGUAAAGAAAUGUUAUAGAAGAGAUACUAAUACAAAUAACGAAGCUUUGGAUAGAAUGGGAUAUGCUGUGAAAGUAUUCAGAACUGGUGAUACAGAAGUAAUUAAUACAAUAAGAGAAACAUUUCACUUAAAUCGAGGACUUAAUGAUCUUAAUUGUGUUAUUAAAGCUCUUGAUUUGUUUAUAAAUUCAAAAAAGGAAGAGCAUCAUCUUGUUAUGGAAUAUUGUCCCUUUCCUAGUUUAGAAUAAAGGAUAGGUUCUCUUUGUGAAGAAGACAUUCAAUAGAUUACAUUAAAUUUAGCAUAAUCUUUAUUUUCUAUACAUUAAAGAGGAGUUUGUCAUAGAGAUUUAAAACCUGAUAAUAUUUUGAUAGGAGAUUCUUUUACAAUUAAAUUGAUAGAUUUUGGAGUCUCUAAAAGAUUUUUAGUAAAAGGAAAAGUAACUAAAAAAAUAGAUAUGUGGACUAGAACAGGUUCAUUAUUUUAUUAAGCUCCUGAAAUAUUUAUGGGAGGUGGAUAUGAUGAAAAAAGUAUCAAUUUAUAAUUAAUAUUUUAGUUGAUAUAUGGUCAGCUGGUAUUAUAUUGUAUCAACUAUUAUUUGGAUCAUUGCCUUUUUAAUCAGAAACAAUAUUAGAUACAAUUGAUAUGAUUACAGAUUCUAAAUUAAAUCAUAAUACUCUUAGUUAAUUAAAUCCGUUAAUUUAAGAUUUAAUCAAAAGAUUAUUAGAAAAANUAUUAUUUAGAUUUGUUAUAUAUUAUAAAUUAUUUACUAUUACUGAGCUUUACUUUUUAUUUAAUUUUCCAAUUAUUGAAAAAUGA